AUGAUGGAUGGUGCAAUGGAGAAAAAUUCAAGUGAUGAGAAUUUUGAAUUGCCACCUGGUUUUAGGUUUCAUCCAACAGAUGAAGAGCUUAUAACUCAUUAUCUCUCUCAAAAAGUUCUUGAUAAUUGCUUUUGUGCUUUGGCUAUUGGUGAAGUUGAUUUGAACAAGUGUGAGCCUUGGGAUUUGCCUUGGAGGGCUAAAAUGGGUGAGAAAGAAUGGUAUUUUUUCUGUGUGAGGGACAGAAAAUAUCCUACUGGUUUAAGAACAAAUAGGGCCACAUGUGCUGGAUAUUGGAAGGCAACAGGUAAAGACAAAGAAAUUUAUAGAGAGAAGACAUUAAUUGGAAUGAAGAAAACUCUUGUUUUCUACAAAGGAAGAGCACCUAAAGGAGAAAAAACAAAUUGGGUCAUGCAUGAAUAUAGAUUAGAAGACACAUAUUCUUUGCAAAAUACAUCCAAAAGGGCCAUGAGGGAAUGGUCUAUAUGCAGAGUUUUUGAGAAAAGUUCAAUUGAAAACAAAAUGCAAAUCCAAGAUUUGGUAAGGUUCAAUUCAAAAGGAAAAGAACAACUACCUCCAUUGAUGGAUUCAUCACCAUACAAUAAUAAUGAAACAAAAACAACUAUUGGAGAAUCUACAUCACAUGUGACAUGUUUCAAUGACAACAACAACAACAUAGUUGAUGAUAGAUUUGAAAAUCCUAUGUUAACAUCUUCAUAUUCUUCAAACCCUUCUUAUGAUACUUUCUCAUGGACCCAAAAUUUGUCACACCAAUCGACACAAAUUGGAAACUCAUCACAAUCCUCACAAGAAUCCAUGUUGAAGAUGUUGAUUGAAAAUAAUGAGACAAAAAAUCAGAAAGAUCAAGAAUGUGACAUUGACAUUUCUACUAUGAUUUAUAAUGAUGAAAUGUUUCAAAGAUCUUAUGUGAAUGAAGAAUAUUCAUCAGCUUCAAUAGGACAUUUUGAUAAUGGUUGCUUAUGGAGUUUCUGA